CCGGAAGCGGAAGCGGAUCGGGAACGGAAGCGGCUGCGCUGCGGGGCCGGUGGGUCCGGUGGGUCCGGGCCGCAACCGCCGAGGGGCGCGGAGAGGAGCGGAGCGGAGCGGAGGGGCGAUGCAUCACUGCCGGAGGUACCGCUCCCCGGAGCCGGAGAGCUACCUGGGCCCCCGCUGGAAGAGGAGGCGGUCCCGGAGCAGGGAGUACGAGGGGAGGCUGCGGUACCCCCCCCGCAGGGAUCUCUCCAGGAGGUCGCGGUCCAGAAGCCACGAGAGGAUGCCUUACCACAGGAGGUACAGGCGGGACAGCGAUGCCUACAGGUUUGAAGACAGAAGCCCAUCCUUUGGAGAGGAAUAUUACUCCACCCGCUCGCGGAACUGGCGGCGAUCCAGAGGCAGGGAGCAGCACAACAGGCCCAGGAAGUACCAGCACCACUGCCGGAAACGCAGGACCAGGUCUUGUAGCAGCACCUCCUCGAGGAGCCCGCAGAGCAGUAAGCGCAGCAGCAGGAGCGUGGAGGAUGACAAGGAAGGCCACCUGGUGUGCAGGAUCGGCGAUUGGCUCCAGGAGCGAUAUGAAAUUGUCGGCAGCCUUGGCGAAGGCACUUUUGGCAAAGUGGUGGAGUGUGUGGACCACGCCAGAGGCAAAUCACAGGUGGCACUGAAAAUCAUAAAAAAUGUUGGCAAGUACCGAGAAGCAGCCAGGCUGGAAAUUAAUGUCCUGAAAAAAAUCAAAGAGAAGGACAAAGAGAACAAAUUCUUGUGUGUCCUGAUGUCAGACUGGUUCAACUUCCACGGCCACAUGUGCAUUGCUUUUGAGCUUCUGGGCAAGAACACUUUUGAGUUCCUGAAGGAGAAUAACUUCCAGCCAUACCCUCUCCCUCAGAUCCGGCACAUGGCCUACCAGCUCUGCCAUGCCUUGAGAUUUUUACAUGACAACCAGCUGACUCACACCGACCUCAAGCCAGAAAACAUCUUGUUUGUUAACUCGGAUUUUGACACCCUCUACAAUGAGAACAAGAGCUGUGAGGAGAAAUCCAUCCGGAACACGAGCAUCCGCGUGGCGGACUUUGGGAGCGCGACGUUUGACCACGAGCACCACACCACCAUCGUGGCCACACGACACUACCGGCCCCCAGAAGUGAUUCUGGAGCUGGGCUGGGCACAGCCAUGUGAUGUCUGGAGCACUGGCUGCAUCCUGUUCGAGUAUUACCGAGGCUUCACGCUCUUCCAGACCCAUGAGAAUCGUGAGCAUCUUGUCAUGAUGGAAAAAAUCCUUGGGCCCAUUCCAUCUCACAUGAUCCACAAAACUCGGAAGCAGAAAUAUUUCCACAAUGGGAACCUGGUGUGGGAUGAGAACACUUCUGAUGGGAGAUACGUCCAAGAGAACUGCAAACCCCUGCGGACGUACAUGCUGCACGACUCCCUGGAGCACGCCCAGCUCUUUGACCUGAUGAGGAGGAUGUUGGAAUUCGACCCUUCCCGUCGGAUCACGUUUUCAGAAGCCCUCCUGCAUCCCUUCUUUGCUGGGCUCUCGGCAGAGGAAAGGAUGCUGUGUGGGAGAGGUGCCAGCAGGGACCUCAGCAGAUGACAGAGGGGCCGGGGCUGUGCCUGCUGCUGGAUUUGUACAGACGGGAGGGGUCUGGGCUCUGCGGGUCAGCCCCCAGCACUCUCUGAGCUGGGAGGGGCUGGGGCCCUGCACCAAGGACUCUGGGGAGGAGAAGGGGGAAGAACAGCUACGCUGGGAAGCACAGAUUUGUUUAUUUAUAUGUUGUAAAGUUAAAAUAAAGUGUUUCUUAUUGUUUG